AUGUUGGAGACGUAUCAACCACCGGAGGACAUCACUAUAAGAUUGGCCUCUCCUAGUGGUGCUCCCGCCGACGCGUCACCUCUUCCCUACGCCCCGGUGCCUCCCCCGCCGUUGCCGCACCAGGAGGAGGACAAGGCGGCGGAGGACGACAAGGUGGACUACCUGAAUCUCCGCUGCCCUAUUCCCUACGAAGAUGCCCAGCGCGAGGCCUCGAUGACGCUCAAGCCCGACGUGUUCGAGGGCUUUCGCUUCGAUUUCGUCAAGCCGGUCAGCCAGGUCUUGUUUUUGAGCCACAGUGCGUCAAUGGGAUCCAUGGAGGUCCCUUCACAGGGACCUGAAGUGAUUAAAGUCCCCACCUCCCACUAUGAGUUUGGCGCCAACUAUAUUGAUCCCAAGUUGAUGCUCAUCGGUAGGAUCUCGCCCGACGGAAGGCUGAAUGGACGUGUCAAGUACGAUGUCACAGAAAAUCUUUGCGCACAAAUAAAUGCUCAGUUGACAAACGAGCCUGGUUAUUCCCAAGGCAUGUUUAAUUUGGAUUACAAGGGCAAAGAUUUUAGAACCCAAUGUCAAGUCGGGAAUAAUGGCUUCUAUGGAGGGAACUACAUCCAGAGUGUAACGAAGAACCUCUCCCUGGGAACUGAAGGUUUUUGGCUUCAACAACAAAGGAAAUCAGGAGUUGGCUUUCUUGCUAGAUAUGACACGAAGAACAUGGUUGCAACUGGACAAAUUGCAAGCACUGGACUGGUUUCACUGAGUUACGUUCAGAAAGUGUCUAAUAAGGUUUCCCUUGCUACGGAUUUCAUGUACAAUCAUAUGUCAAAGGAUGUAACAGCAAGUGUGGGUUAUGAUUAUAUCAUGAGACAGAGUCGUUUGAGGGGAAAGGUAGAUACCAAUGGCGCAGUUUCUGCUCUUUUGGAGGAGAAAAUCAACCCAUACGCUACCUUGGUUCUUUCUGCAGAGAUUGAUCACUGGAAGAAGGAUAACAAGUUUGGGUUUGGCAUAAGGGUUGGAGAGUAA